AUGGAUUUCAAUCAUGUAAAAUACAGAGGCUGGUUUGUUCUGCCGCUCCUUCUGCCGUUCCUUCUGUGGGGGUUGCUACCUCUUUAUGGGGGACCGGAGCACAAUGACGCAGUGCUGGGAGGGAAGAAGGGGCAGGGGGAAAGCAUCAUCACGCUGGAAAGUUUCCUCUCAAGUGGAAUGAAUUUGGGUGUAACCAGGGAGGGAGACGCUAGGGGGAAAGGUGACAGUCCUGCCAAGGAGGAUGAUCAAAUAUAUCAUAGCGUCAACCAAGGGGUUAGAAGGAGCAAUGGAGAAAGAUUUCCCAGGAAGGUGUACUUCUCCUGUAGGAACAGCAGAAGUGGAUGGGAAGAAUUCGAUAGUGAGGUCGAGCUCAUGAGCAGCUGGUAUGUUCACCCUGGUGAGGUUAGGCAGUCCAUGAAGAACUCGGAAAACGUGAAAUGUGCGCAUUUGAAAGGGGAUGCACAUCGAGAGGGGGUUUUAUGGCCCGACAGUGAAGUCUUGUACCUUGGAGGGAUCCCCAAGGGGGCAGCAAUUUCAUAUGGGAAGGACGAAGAGGAGUCGAUUAAAUGGUGCUGGAGAUUGAAGAAAGAAAUGGAAGAAUCAGCUUCAAUGCCGUUUGAUCCCUCUAAUAGCUUCUUUGACAUGUUCCCCAAGAGGUACACCACGAUGAGGAGAAUGCUCGCGUCUGAUAAGGAGGACCACUUAGAAGGAGAAAGGAUUUGGGUACCUAAAGCAGAUGAUACCUUCGAAGGAAGGGUGUUAAAUGUGCAUUUUACUGCGAACAAGAAUCUCUAUACGAAUGUAAAAGUGGGAGGACAAGCAUUAAAGCUGGCACUGAACAGUCGAGUGGAGGGGAUAUAUGUAUUUAUGAAGGAUUCUCAAGCGUGCCACAUAGAUGAGGAGGAUGAGGAGAAGAAUCGGAUCUGUUAUGAUCCAAACACGUCUAGGAAUUCUACUUGGUGCAAUAACGAUCUUCUGUGCCUGCCGGCCAUCCUGUCGAAGCCGUACGAAUGUUAUAGCGAUAGCAGUUUGAUGUUGGAAAACAAGGCAGAUUAUCCCAGCAUGUAUUACGACUCGCUGAAGUUCACGGAGAGCCACGUGGAGGGAUCGGACGACGUGGAGAUCGUCGAUUUGAUGAAGGCGGGGAGGGCGACAGGGACAGCCGCAGAGACAGCGGAAGGUGAAGCGAAAGAAGCAAGACAAGCCAAAGGAGCAAACGGGGACAAAGGGGUCAACGCGGACGACACCAUCUUCCAGAACAGCGAUGUAAAGCUGGUGACCGACCUGACCCUGUACAAGGGGUGGAGCCUAUUCAAAGACACGGACGGGAUGAUGGGGCUGGCCGGAAGAGAACUCAGCUGCAGGAAUGUCAGUGCGUGGAACAAUAUCGUCGAGAAGAACAAUUCUUUGUACGCCUUGGAUGUUAAUCUGCCCGAAGGAUCAGUGAAACCGUUCGUGGAGUUAGCUAGCCAAAAGGACUCCAAAAAAGGGGAUUCAUCCUACGGUAGGUUUGUUCCGAAGAAGGCAGGCAGAAAAAAAUCAGAUGCAACAGCGGAACCGGAUGGAACAGCGUCUGAAAUACAUAUAGGAGAUUAUAAAAAAAACUUUGGGCCAAUCGUAUGGUCGGAGCCCAGAGAAAGAGGAGGCAUUUUCUCCGAUUCGUUUAUGCAGUUUACGCUCUACAAUUUAGAAGUGUGUGGAAAUAAUAUAUUUGGCAAAUACAGUAGCAACUGGCAGGGAGUUAUUGACCUAAGCAGCAAGUGUCUGGUGCUUCCGAAGAUGUUCUGGCUGAGUUUGAUGGAGUACCUACCCGUGAAUAAGAAUGACGAGAGGUGCAUUCCGAAGAGGAAGGAAGUUAACUUUGAUGAGAGUACCGUGCCGAGGAUGUGCUCCGUGGAGGAAAGAAAGAGGCCACUUCCUGUGUUGAAGUUUUACCUUUCCGAUAACGACAUCGUGAGUGACAACAACAUCGGAGGAAGGAGCGGUAUGAAUGAAGCCCCAUUUGGAGACUCUCCCCCACAGACGACGGCCAUUCAAGAAGUGCAUAUCCCCCUGGACAAUCUCAUUAUCAGUGAGGAGGGUCCGAAUGACGGCUAUCUCUGCGUACUUCCCGAUGUGCACGAAGGAGUGUCCAGUGAGAACAGCGGGAGGACCACCAAGCCGUUAAUUAAAUUCGGAACGUACGUAAUUAAUAACCUCUAUGUGGUGGUGGAUCAGGAGAAUUACAGAGUCGGGUUCGCUAACAAGAGAGAUUACCAUUACACAAAUGAAAGAUGUACACAGAGGGCCAAGUGCAUAGGGGAUCAAUUUUACGAGCCAGCCUUGAAUAUCUGCGUGGACCCCGACUGCUCCGUAUGGUACUUUUACACGCUAAAUGAGGAAACGAAGAAGUGCCAGUCGAUAUCGUCCGGCUUCUACAUCUUCCUGCUCAUCCUCCUGCUGUUGCUCCUGCUGGACAUACAAUCAUACUAUUUCUACAGGAAGUCGGUGCACGUGGCGAAGGUUUCGUCGAGGUAG